AUGAAUAUAGCACCAAUACUUCGGCGUUCUUCAAAUACUUAUCGCGUCCAAGUACGCCCAUUCGCGGUCACUCGUGUAUAUUCAUCGCUAUCUACCCGUAACUAUGACUAGCAGGGAGUCUCGCUCUGGCAGCCAAUGAAUUGUGCAGUACGACUUUGUUCUCGGUGGCUUCGCGUCAAUGACUGCGCCGCAUGAGCUUGCUGAAACCAGCUUCUGCAGAAUUAAGGUCUUCAUCACAAGUCGACCGGAUACAGCAGUGCAUUUCGCACGCCGUCCGAUCUUGGGGUCGUAUAGGGAAUUCAUCCUCCAUGAGGUGUCUAAAGACAUCAUCGACCAUGAUAUAGGAGUGUUCCUCGAUUACGAACUAAGCAACAUAAGAGAGAAUUGGAAUGCAGAACACGACGCCACACUUGACGCAGACUGGCCGGGUGCUGAAAGACUUCAGACUCUUAUACAGAAAGCUACUCCGCUAUUCAUUUUCGCGGCGACCGCUUGCCGCUUUGUACAAGAUUCACUGCUCGGUAGCCCGGAGACCCAAUUGAUGCGGAUCAUUGAACACCAAAGUGUCAAUGGCGGUACUACGAUCAACGACAAGCUAGAGGAAACUUACCUCCCAGUACUUGAAGGCCUAUUGAUCAAAAGAAGCAAGUCAGAACAAGCCGUCAUCCUUGCGAGAUUUGGCGAGAUUGUUGGCACCACCAUCCUGCUCGAGAGGCCGUUGAGCGCUGAAGCCUUAGUGUUGGUAUUCCUAUCACAGGGAUGGUUCGAACCGUGGGUGACGAAGAGGUCAAAAUCUAUAUAUAUUUAACUUCUGCGUAAGGUGUAAAAAGGAGGUUCUAACCGGAGGUUGGGUAGACCGUAGAUCUCGUAAGUAUGGUCUGUAAGUGGCCCCUGCGCGGGCCCCUUGCCUCGAGGUCGAAUUGGACUUCCAAUCCGACACUGACUAUCUCUCUCUUUCAUCGCCC